AUGGGCAUCACGUUUAGUAAACGAGAUGCAGCGACGUACUCGGCAGCCAAAGUUGGGGGAAAGCUGCUACAAACAAGAACGAAUGGAAAAUCAGUUUUGGGGACACUUCUCGCGCCUCUGCUGCCCGUCUUCCUAGAUAACAACCCCCUGCCAAACGGAUACCCCUGGAGUCUGCUCAACCUCACCACAGACUACUACGAACACUUCCCACGUACUGGCGUUAUACGAUCGUACGAUUUCACCAUUAGCCGCGGCCUCAUCGCGCCAGACGGGUACCAGCGCGAGGUACUGCUCGUCAACGGCGCAUUCCCCGGCCCCCUGAUAGAAGCCAACUGGGGAGACACGAUCCAAGUGACGGUCCAUAACAACAUCUCGCGGGCCGAAGAGGGCGUGGCCCUGCACUGGCAUGGCUUCCUGCAACACGGCAAGCCCUGGGAGGAUGGCGUCCCCGGUGUAACCCAGUGCCCCAUUGCGCCGGGUAAAAGCUACACGUAUUCCUUCGAGGCCGAGUUGUACGGCACGACGUGGUACCACUCACACUACUCGGCGCAGUAUGUAGGCGGCAUCGUCGGACCAAUGGUCAUAUACGGACCUCAGACGAGGAGGUACGACGUCGACCUCGGUCCCGUCAUGGUCUCGGACUGGUACCACCGGGACUACUACACCUUGGUCGAGGAGACGAUGAAGCCCAACGGCCGCCCCUUGAAGUCGGACAGCAACAUGAUCAAUGGGAAAGCAAACUUUGACUGCUCAAAACUGCCGGCCGGCGACAAGACGCCGUGCCACAGCAACGCCGGCAUCGCGAGCUUCAAGUUCACGCGCGGCAAAACCCACCGCCUCCGCCUCAUCAACACGGGCUGCGAGGCGCUGCAGCGCUUCACCAUCGACGGGCACACCAUGACCGUCGUCGCCAACGACUUUGUGCCCGUGGAGCCCUACGACACCAAGGUGGUGACGCUCGGCAUCGGCCAGCGGACAGACGUCCUCGUCACGGCAGACGGGCCGCUCGACGCCUACUGGAUGCGCAGCAACAUAUCCGAGCCGUGUAGCCUCGCCGACGAGCGGCACGCCUACGCGGCGAUAUACUACGACGGCGCCGACGAGACCAAGCAGCCGCAGUCGCAGCCGUGGCAUGUCCCCGACCCCGAGACCUGUGCCAACGACGACCUUGCGCUCACGAAGCCCGUGAUGAAGCGCCGGCCCAUUGAGCCCGAUUUGGCGUACGACAUGGAAGUCAGCCUGUUCAAGAACGCGAGCAACAUUACCCUGUGGUCGUUUGGCGGCGUCGACUUCAGGGGCAACUACAACAGCCCGACGUUGCUGCUGAGUGCCCUGGGCAACCACACGUUUGAAAAGCAGUGGAAUGUGAAGAACACACGGGGCGCCAAGAGCGUGAGGGUUCACGUCAUCAACAACACGCCCGUCGCGCACCCGAUGCAUCUGCACGGGUUCAACAUGUACGUCCUCCACGAGGGGGAGGGAAAAUGGGACGGCACCAUUGUCAACAGGGACAAUCCGCAGCGGCGAGACGUGGUGCAGGUCCGCAAGCAUGGACACUUGGUGAUUCAGUUUGACGCCGCAGACAAUCCGGUUUGCUAA